AUGAUGUUUGGCGCUGCUACCUGUCCGAGCAUCCAAGCCAUCCAAGUCCUAUUCACUGCAAUGACGCUGGGGGAGAAGGUCCUCGUGAGAUCCGGUGAGAAGGUCCUAGGUGAGGUGAAGGGAUGCAUGGCUCCCAAAUACACAUAUGGAGGGCGGGGAGGAGCAAGAAGGAUUUGGGAAAGAAGAGUGCCAUGGGGCAUGAAUCUGCUGCAAACGCCAUGCUCCGAUGGCAUGGACAGUGAUGUGGUGAUUCUCAACAUGGCGGGCGUGCAGCUGGCUCGGCUACCCAUUGAGGACUUUGAAACGGUUCGGGACCUGAAGCUGCUCCUCCACCAGCGCCUGCAUGUGCCGCCCCUGCGCCAGCGCUUGGUGAGGGCCGAAGGUUACGGUGGGACAGCCGAGGAGGCUGAGGUGACCGAGGAGACAAGCCAAGUGCCCAAGCAGAUCAGCUUGGUGGUGUUGGACUAUCAGCAAGACCUGACAGUUCACUUGCUCAAUGCUGCAGAGGAGGGCGACGGCCAGAAGGCGCAGCGCUUGCUGAAGCAGCUGGCCGAUCCAAAUGGAUCGGAGGGAGAGGGAUGGACUCCACUGCACAUUGCGGCCAUCAACGGGAAUGUGGACGUCUGCCGGAGCUUGAUGGAAGCUCUAGCUGAGCUCACUCGCACGAACUCAGAUGGAUCCACCGCAUUGCACGUGGCGGCCUGGAGUGGCCAGCUACAGAUGAUGCGAGUGUUAUGCAAUGCACGUGCCAGCGCCAAUGCUGCGCAGAAUGAGGGCUGGGCGCCUUUGCACAUCGCCAGCCGCCAUGGUCACGCCCAUGUGGUGCAGUUUCUGUUGGAAGAGGCUCGCGUCGAUGCCGAUGUUCGUGUGGACGCCGGCUGGACUGCCAGCAACAUUGCGCUCUGGGCAGACCAUACCGCAGUCCUAGACAUCUUGGAGCAGUAUGCCCCACGGUCCCUCUGGCAAAGCUGGACGGGUUUCUGGAGGCAUUUGUUUCGGACGUGCCGUCGAAGAGCGAAACAAGGCCGGGCAGUGGGGUAG